UUGAAAAUGUAUAUGUAUAUGUAUAUGUAUAUAGUAAAAAUCUGUAAGCAUAUUUGAUUCCGAUUACAAUGGCAGUUCUCAACUAUUCUUCCCCUUCACCUCCUUCUCUGAUCUCCUCUUUCAAGAACUCGACAUCGAUUUCACACUUAUUUACCGUCCCUGCCACUCGCCGCCGGAGUUUUCCCUCUUUCCGGAUAAAAAGCAGCCUCGCCGUCGAAUCUCCGGCAGCUUCCGGCACCAGCAACGGCGGAGAAUCACCCAAGAUUUUGUUGCAAGUGAAAGACUUGACUGCAGUUAUAGCUCAAACUGAACAACCCAUUUUGAAAGGAGUCAAUCUUUGUAUCUAUGAAGGAGAGGUUCAUGCUGUGAUGGGGAAGAAUGGUUCUGGGAAGAGCACUUUUGCCAAGGUUCUUGUUGGCCAUAAAGAUUAUGAAGUUACCGGGGGUAGCAUCGUGUUUAAAGGAGAGAACUUGCUUGACAUGGAGCCGGAGGACAGGUCAAUUGCGGGGCUUUUUAUGAGCUUUCAAUCCCCAGUUGAAAUUCCAGGAGUGAGCAAUAUUGAUUUUCUCUUAAUGGCAUAUAAUGCGCGUAGAAGAAAGCUGGGAUUGCCAGAGUAUAGUCCUAUUGAGUUCUAUGCAUACAUCAUGCCAAAGCUUGAAGUUGUGAACAUAAAGCCAGAUUUCUUGAACAGAAAUGUGAAUGAAGGAUUUAGUGGUGGUGAAAAGAAGCGUAACGAGAUUCUACAACUUGCGGUCCUGGGAGCAGAAUUGUCCAUUUUAGAUGAGAUCGAUUCUGGUUUAGAUGUUGAUGCACUUCGUGAUGUAUCGAAGGCCGUAAACGGACUCCUGACCCCAAGAAAAUCUGUUUUGAUGAUCACCCACUAUCUUCGGCUUCUGGAAUAUAUUCAGCCCAACUACAUACAUAUCAUGGAGGAUGGAAAAAUCAUCAAGACAGGAGAUAUAUCUAUCGCGAAACUUCUUGAGAAAGAAGGGUACAAAGCAGUUUCUGCAACAUAGUGCAGCAACAAUUUUGCCAUCUUUGUUUUUACCACAUACAAAGGAGCAUGUAGCGAUAGCACAGGAUGGAGUUUCUUAGGAGGCAGCAUCUGCAGCCAUUUUGCAGGUGUUUUGUAGUACCAUAUAAUACAUUUGUAAUGUAACCUUAUAUACCGAUGUGGUUGUACGACACACCAUGUUCAGUACAGCACAUCUGGAGCAAGCUGCAAGACUACGCAGAAGCUCAGGGGAAGUACAUGUUUGAUCUUGUGUUGAAUAAUCAUCGUGUCUUGUGUUUAGUUUUUAUCUGCGGAGGCUCACAUGUAAACAUAAACUGCCCAUAAUACUUCUGUUGAAGUGUUUAGGUUGUUAUAUGUAAAAACAUGUCUUUCAUAAACAUUCACUACGUAUAUAUGGUGGAAUGAGCAUUCUUCA